GCGAUCCGCCGGGCCGGUGUCAUUGGCGAAGGGGACGAUGUCUCACUGCAGCCGCGCCGCCGCCCGCCUCCUGGGCCGCUUCCUCCGCCUGCAACAGAAUGGAGUACGACACUGCUCCUACUCGGCAUCAAGGAAAAAUCUGUAUAUUAACAAAAAUACAAAGGUUAUCUGUCAGGGUUUUACAGGCAAACAGGGCACCUUUCACAGCCAGCAGGCGUUGGACUAUGGCACCAAUCUAGUUGGAGGAAUUUCUCCAGGGAAAGGGGGAAAAACUCAUCUGGGUCUGCCUGUGUUUAAUUCUGUGAAGGAGGCCAAAGAACAAACUGGUGCUUCUGCCACUGUUAUAUAUGUACCUCCUCCGUUUGCUGCUGCCGCCAUCAAUGAAGCAAUCGAUGCAGAAAUGCCCUUAGUUGUAUGCAUUACUGAAGGUAUUCCCCAGCAGGAUAUGGUUCGGGUUAAACACAGACUGCUUCGGCAGGAUAAGACUCGACUAGUGGGCCCGAACUGCCCUGGUGUCAUCAAUCCUGGAGAAUGUAAAAUUGGUAUCAUGCCUGGUCACAUUCACAAGAAGGGAAGAAUUGGUAUUGUGUCAAGAUCUGGAACCCUGACAUAUGAAGCUGUUCAUCAGACAACGCAAGUUGGAUUGGGGCAGUCUUUCUGCGUUGGGAUUGGAGGUGAUCCCUUCAAUGGAACUAAUUUUAUUGACUGCCUUGAUGUCUUCCUGAAGGACCCUCAUACUGAGGGGAUCAUAUUGAUUGGGGAAAUUGGAGGAAAUGCUGAAGAAGAUGCAGCAGCAUUCUUGAAAGAAAAUAAUGCUGGUCCAAAUGCCAAGCCAGUAGUGUCAUUCAUAGCUGGUCUGACUGCUCCUCCAGGCAGGCGGAUGGGACAUGCUGGAGCAAUCAUUGCUGGGGGAAAGGGUGGAGCUAAAGAGAAGAUAGCAGCUCUUCAGAGCGCUGGUGUUGUUGUCAGCAUGUCUCCUGCUCAGCUAGGUAGCACCAUAUACAAGGAGUUUGAGAAAAGGAAAUUGCUGUAAGAGAAGACACUUCGGAAUACUGUCUCCAAAACAUCAGUGCAGCACCUGGCCUCUGCUUAUCUUUUGUCUGCUAAUCUUCAGUUGUCCAAACGACUGACACUGGUCUAUGAAUUUGACUUGGAAGCCAUAAACCUCCUGGCUAAACCUGUUUUUGAUGUCUCCUUGGUUCAGACAUGAUCACCUCAUUGUAAAUCACAGCAAAUUAAUAAAUCUACUACUAAACCUGA